AUGUUGCGAUCAUCCACGCUUAAUGAACUAAACCGGAUAUCAAAGAAAGGAUCUCAUCGGAAACUUCUUGCUCUCAAUAAUGACUAUACGUCGUCAUCUGGAGAAGAAGAUAAUGUCGUCACUCCCCCAGCUGAUGACGACACAUCGCCAGUUAUUGAAGUGGUUGACAAAGUAGAAGUGGUUGACCAAGUGGAAAUGCCCGAUCCUGACUCAGCAGUGGAACUCAGAUACAGAAGACAAAGUGUAACACUUCCGUCUGUGAUUGAUUAUGUCACCAAGGCAGAAAAACCACAUAAAUAUGUGUCCAAAUUCAGUGAUUUCACCUUCAAGUCUACAUCGACUACAAUUUUCGACGCUGAUUACUUCACCAGUGGUGAAUUCUUUGGGUUUUAUGUCUUAUUUUGGCUCGGCACUUUCUUUUUCAUGUUUAACAAUAUCGUGCACACAUAUUUGGAAGAUAAUCUGUCGAUUCUUGAGUGGCCUGUGGUGAAGGUUCUCCGCAAAGAUCUUAUAAAGGUUGGGCUUACUGAUUUAGCAAUGUACUUGUCAACUUACUUUGCAUUUUGGGUGCAGUAUGCUUGUAGACACUAUGGUCUCAGUUGGAGAAGAUUUGGAUGGUUUAUUCAAGGAGUGUACGAUGGUGUGUUUAUAUUCUUUUGGCUUUAUGUUGCUCUGGAAAGUGUCAUGGGAUUCCCAUGGGUUGCCCGUGAGUUUUUGGUGUUGCACAGUCUUGUGUUUGUUAUGAAGAUGCACUCCUACGGGUUUUAUAAUGGAUACCUUUGGCUGAUUUACAAGGAAGGGAAAUUUUCCGAGAAUUAUUUGCAACGGUUAGAGGCUGAAAAGGUUAAACUCCCAGAUGGGUAUAAACACGAAGAUACCGUCAAACUACUUAAGGAAAGUCAAGCCUUUUGCAAGUAUGAACUUAUCUACCAAUCCCAUGCAACUACAGCUGACAAGGAUGAGAAAUUAGAUCCUGCAAUGCUCGACAACAGCAUUUCCGAUUUACAAAAGCAAGGAUUGGUGACAUUCCCUCACAAUAUCACACUCAGAGACUUCUUUAGGUAUUCCAUGUAUCCCACUGUGAUUUACACUUUGGAUUUCCCCACAACUCCUAGAAUCAGAUGGUCCUACGUGGGAGCCAAAGUAUGUGCUAUUUUCGGAAUAAUUUUUCUUAUGGUUUAUGUUGCUCAUGUAGGGAUGUAUCCAUUGGUACUCAAGGCCAAGGCUGCAAAAACAUUACCCACGAGUGAGCGAAUUCCCCAAUUCUUUUCCAUUUUGUUUGAUAUGAUAUUGCCGUUCCUAAUGUUGUACUUGUUUACCUUCUAUCUUAUCUGGGACAGUAUCCUCAAUGCAAUUGCUGAGCUUUCCCGCUAUGGAGACCGAGAAUUCUACGGCCCUUGGUGGAAUUGUAGUGAUUGGGGAGAGUUUGCCCGAUUAUGGAACAUCCCUGUCCACAAGUUCUUGCUUAGACAUGUUUACCACUCUUCCAUAUCUACAUUCAGGGUCAACAAACACGCAGCUUCCUUUUUCACUUUUUUCUUAUCCAGUUUGGUCCAUGAAUUGGUAAUGUAUGUUAUUUUUGGUAAUUUGCGAGGCUAUUUAUUAUUUUUCCAGAUGUCCCAAAUCCCCAUGCAAAUUAUUGCCCAAAUGAAUUUUUUCAAGAAUAAACGGAUCCUAGGCAAUGUAUUUUGUUGGAUAGGCUUUAUUGCUGGUCCUAGUAUUAUAUGCACUUUGUAUUUAGUGUUUUAG